AUGCCUACGCAGAGAGCUGGAACCUGGUUAGUUACCGGAUGCUUUCUGCAAACUGGCCCACUCCGGCACCGGGAUGUUCAACGUGCCAAUCCUCCUCGCUUCCCCCUCCCUCCCCACUCCUCCGUUUUCAUCUCCACUCUUGAAGAUCGACAGCCCUCGGAACGGAGUAUUCCAUACUCUGUACAGGGCGAACUGAACGACCGAAUCAACGGACCCGAAUCACUGGGCGAGAUUUGGCCACUCAUCUUCCGGUUGCGCGUGUACAACCUUGCUGGCGCGGCUCCGACAGCCCACGUCCUGUCAGACAGGGAGGUUAUCUGCGGCCAGUGGGCGUUCACCAAAAGCCCGCGCUGA